AUAGAAUCGGUUCGUUUCUGUUAUUCUGAAAUCUUGCUAGUGGGAUUAUACACUAGUAAAUCGUGUGCCUGCCAGUGGGAGGUUUAUAACACUGGCCAUGACCUAUAAAGGAGACGUUUAUUUUGUUUCCGUACUCAUACCUAUUUUUCGUGAUUAUACUGGUUGGCAUACUAUAAGUUUAAUUAAGGGCUAUCCAUAUUUACUUACAGAGUUAUCUCAUAGUUUUUUCUUAUCCACCAUUUCAAGAAGCGAAGUCAAGGACAGGAAAAAACAAGGGGAGUGACAAGUUAGAAGGCCAGCCAUCUUGUAAAUUGAGCAUAGAUUUUAGAUAUAAAUCAUGAUCUUGUAAGCUAGACUUUAUCAAGAGAUUUUAUGAUAGUAGAGCAAAUUUUAUAAUUUUAUCUUCAGAUUUUGUGGUAUCAAAUUGUGGAAAGAUUAAAUGUAAAGGCCAUUUAGAAAUAUGGAGAGGAUACAACUGCAUGGCCAACAAAAAUUGACACCCAGCUUUUGUCCCAAGUUUUAGGUGGACCUUCAAAAGAUGGGUGACUUUAUGGCAUGCCUAUAUACAUGGACCCUGCGGAGCAAGGGGUCUCACACUACAAGCGUUCGCUGCAUACCAUACUUGAUAAUUUUGUUUAGUAUCCCAACGGGUGGUCCAAUUGCAACAGAUUGUAACAAAAUUACAAGGGAAUCAACUGAUAUUACAAGAGAAGGUUGAGAGGAUGGAGAGAAUGUUUUUUAUGAUGUAGGGAGGGAUACAGGAAGGGAUGCAAGGAGAUGGAGGGGCUUGGACAAGUGGGGGAGCAUAAUUGGCAUUGUUUUCAAUUGAUCUUUAUAUCAAAACAUCUUCUACUAUUAUAUAUGAAAUGGAUAUGAAUUGUUGAAGAUACUCCUAAAUCAUUAUGGGAUUGUCCAUCUCGAAGUCCUCCAAGGAAGAAGUUGAUAAAAGCAAGGAAUCAUAUAGUAAUGCCCUAAGACAUUCCAUUUCCUAAAAAAGAAGACAACAUUGUUUGCCAAAUAUGUGAUAUUCCUGGACACUUAGCUACUAUAUGCUUGCAUUGAUAUGCAGUAACUUGUCAACUGUGUCACCAUGAGGGUCAUACUGCAAAAGUUUGCCCAAAUCGUUACUGAUCAAAAAUCAUGUCAAACCCAUCCAAAACACUUGCUGAGUUUUCUGAAACUAUUACAAAGAUUUUAGGUAAUGGUCGUUUGCGUCUAACAUUUUCAAAAAAAUCUUGGGAUGAGG